AUGAGUAACCUGUCCGAGAAACUGUCUCCACUAAAUACCAGCAGCCUGGAACUGCGAGGCAGUAAACUUGGAGGAUAUUUCUCGAGAUUGAAACAAGCAAUCAUCACUCGUCUGUCAGAAUCACAAUCAUCAGAAAGGGCAACAUCACCAGCAACCACAACACCUAAUCCCAAUGGGGAAGAAGAAAUAGAUAUUCAACCCGAUAAGAUUGAUAUAUCCCAACCUUUGCCUACGAAUUUUGCAAUAUCUGAGAAAAGAAAACGACUUUCGAUACAGGGGCAUCCCAGCGAUAAAUCAAUUCCUCGUUCAUUGACUAGGGGUAUAGUGAAUCCAAGACAUGCAUCAUACCUGAAUAUAUUUAAUGAAAUUAGGACCAAUGAGGAGGAAACACAUAAUGACCUCGAAAGAAGAAAGUCUAUUAUUGAUUCGCUAAUUGUACCAUCGGCAGAUAAUAGUAUAUUGACUAGUCGUGAAGAUUCACCAGCCCUACACCUCCCCUUCCCCAAGGAAACAAUUGGGGUCGAUCUGCUACAAGAGACAGACUAUAAUGGCGAGGAACCUGUAGAGGAGGAAUAUGAACAGUUGGAAAUUGUUCGAAUCGAUCCUGCCGAAAGAAGUAGGAUCGUACGACUAAAACGAUCGAUGCAAGAGAUGGUACACAUGCGGAAGAAGAUGAAGUAUAUGAGAAGCCCCAAUGAAACCACCACAUUCUCCCAUGGAGAUUCAACAAUGGUUGAUACCAGUACUCAAACAUGCAAUGCCGAUUAUUUGGCAUCGGUGCUAAAUUUCAAAAAACGGUCAAGCUCCUCAACUUUGGAAAGCAAUCGAAAUAAAAGAAGAAAAAAGGGGUUUUAUUUGAGGGAAUUUUUGUAUGAUGUUAAAGCACCAACUGAUGUAAACACGAGCACUACGCUCAAGGGCUACGCCAGUGAACUUGGGAAACCGAAAUUCAAAUCUAAUAAUAAUGAUAAGGGACUGCAAACACUCAAGCAGAGACCAAAUCGAGAUGGAAUUGCCUUGAAUCAGAAAUUGUCCUUAUCCUUGGACUCUGACUAUCUUGCUAAAACUCAAUCCAUAUCUGAUAUCAUAAAGUUGAAGGAUGAUACAAUGAAGAUACCACCAGGUAGUAAAAGUGGUGUUACCGCACCAUCUAGUGGGUUCCAAUUCAAUAUCGAUGAUAAAAAGUUACGUGAAGUGGUCGGAACUCAAAAUGGAGAGGCCAAGAAUAGUGACAUAACUACUGAAAUGAAGAAGCAACAGCAACAACCGUUUGCUUUUGGGGCUCGCAGUAAAGAGCCGAGUGAGAAAGCUUCAACUCCAUUAUUCCCUCUUAAACCAAAUACUAAUGAAAAUGUCGACAAAUCAAAAGAUGAAACACCAAAAAGCAGUGGUAGUGAAUCCGGUCAAGCUAAAGAGCCAGUAGGAAAAGCUUCACAAGAACUGGCCUCACCAUUGUUUUCAUUUGGUGCAAACAAAGGCUCAUCAGGGCUAUUUUCCAAACCUGAUGAUUCUAAAUCUAAUGAGAGUAAGAGUCUAGCCUCGUUUUCUUUUGGUGGGGUACCAUCCACAAAAACGGCCAACGGUGACGCAACUGGUAAGAAGUCAGAGGAAACAUCAAGUCAAUCAAAAGAGGAUGGAGGUUCCAAAUCUAGUCUUUUUCCAUUUGGGUCAUCUAAGGAUAAGCCACUGGCUCAAUUCAAUGGGUUUGGGUCAAAGCCAAGUGGCUCUCUUUUUGGUCAACCAAAAACCAGUGGAUCUGAAACUGCAAUUGAUGGUGAUGCUAAUGGAUCUAAUGCGGGUGGAUUUCCAUCUAUGUUCCAAUCCAAGCCAACAUCAAAUAAGGCUGAAGAACAAAGCGAUGGAUCUGAUUUGAAACGCAAGAGAACUGAACCAAGCGAUGAAUCUGGAACAACACAGGAAAAAGCCAAGCAAAAUGAAGGAGAACAGAUAUCCAAGCCAUCGGCACCGCUAUUCAACAUUGGCUCGGUUAGUAAGGCAGGCGGCGAUGACCAACAAAAGGCUUCGAGCGCUCCAGCUCCUGUUUCCAAGCCACCAGCUUUUUCAUUCGGAUUUAAUCCUUCCUCAACAACCACCGAUGAUAAAGCUAAAUCUACCACACCCAGUUUUGGAUUUGGUAAAACUGAUUCUACUAAUGACGAUAAAAAUGAAGCAAAAGAGAAACCCACUGUGCCUGCUUUCGGUUUUGGUAAACCUGCAAAUCCUACUACCGCUGAUGCAAGUAAAUCUAUUGCUCCUGGCUUCACGUUUGGCAAGACUGAUGAGAAAACGAAACCUGUGACUCCUGCUUUUGGUUUUGGCACUGCUGGCGACAAGGCCAAAUCUGCUUCACCAGCAUUUUCAUUUGGCAAGACUGACGACAAGUCUAAAUCUACUACUCCGGUAUUCUCUUUUGGUAAAACCGCAGACUCAUCUGCUGCUACUGAAAACAAGGGCAAAUCUCCAUCACCUGCAUUUGUGUUUGGUCAAAACACAGAGGAGAAUAAAUCCAACACUGGAAGUGAAGAGAAAGUAUCCACACCAACCCCGGUAUCAACUGAAGGCGGGUCUACGUCGACUUUUCCCUUUGGUAAAUCAGGAACAAAUGGUGGUGGUGCUACUACCAACCUCAAUGCUGCUACCGACAAGCAACCGUCUACUUCUUCAUCGAGUGGAUUUAAAUUUGCAUCUGGGGUAACUCUACCAUCGGCCUCUGCUCCCUCAGCAUCAACAACAUCGACAUCUUUAUUUGGUGCUGGUAAUCUUGCAGCACCCAAGCCAUUUAGUUCAACGGGGUUUGGGGGGUUUGGAUCGCAAACACAACCAUCAGCAACUACAACUACAGCAACUCCAGCAACAGCUCCCACCACAGCCCCCACUACUGCAACUGCGUUUGGCAGUCGACCAAGUACGCCAACGUUUAAUUUUGGUGGUGAUGCUGCAGGACAAGGACAAGGACAAGGACAAGGCAAUGGAUUGCCACCACCAUCGCUGGUGUUUGGAUCAGCAACAAAGAUGAAUAAAGUACCACUGUUUAAUUUCACUGGGUCCAAGAGUGGAACACCGGAUCCAGCAAGUGUAUUCGGACAACAACAACAGCAACAGCAACAGCAACAACAGCAACAAGCUAAUACAAGUAGUAGAGAGACUACGCCUUUUGGUGGUGGUACUAUGCCUUCAUUUGGAUUUGGACAACCACAACAACCACAACAGCCUUCAAUGUUUGGAGGUAGUCCUGCACCAGGACAGGCACCUUCGUUUGGAUUUGGAGGUGGUGGAACUGGUGGCGCAGCAACAAUGGGAAGUGGGUUUGCUGCUCCCAACGGAAUGCAAAUGCCAACGACUGUUGUUCCUACUCCACCACAAGCCAAUCCUAGACGAAAGCUUCUUCCACGAUCAAGAAGGAGAUAA